AUGUUUGUCAAAAUGUACAUUGUCAAGAUGGCUAUGAAUGUCGGGAAGUUUGUGGAAUUGCCAAAUGUUUCCCUUGCGGUUCACCAAUCACAACAACCACAACACCAACUACUACUACUGCGUCGCAUACCUCUGGUUCGUAUGACCCUUGCAACAAUGUUCCAUGUCCAAGUGGAACAGUCUGUGCCGUGGUCCAUUCCAUCGACUACGACCACAGCCGUGAUUACCCAACAAAUUAGUACAGUGGCCUCUACCACAGUGUCCACCGCGUCCACUACGACAGUCAGUACUGUUUCCACUGUUGCCUCCACUGUUGCACAGGUAACUACUGCCCCCGUAACUGCCAGCACAACAGUGUCAACGACUGUGACUACAACCGCUUCCACAACUAGCCCAGCUUCGACAAUCACUCAAACUACCAUUGCUUCUACCAUUGUGACCACCACUUCCAGUCCAACCACGACAGCCUCGACCACCGUGACCACCACUGCAUCCACAACUAGCCCAGCGUCAACCAUCACUCAGACCACAACGGCCACAACAACAGUAUCCAUCACUUCCACGCCUACCCCAACUCCAACCACUAUUGCCUCGACCACCAUGACCACCACGGCGUCCACUACAAGCCCUGCAUCAACCAUCACUCAGACCACUACGGCCACAACUACUGUCUCAAUCACUUCCACGCCUACCAACCCCAACCACCAUAGCUUCCACAACCGCUUCCUCAACUACUGCCACCACCUUGACCACUACCGCGUCUACAACUACCCCUGA